UCGAGCUCGAGCUUGGUGCAGGCUGAGAUCGCAUUGCUCGAGACGUAGUGCUCAGUGACUGAUAGCACAAAGCAGUGCCGACACCCUGCAGAUUCAUCGACGACAAAUAGCUGCUGUGAGAGCUAGUGCACAACAAGCAUGUGGGACCUAAUCCCCAGCUGGCUCGCGGACCCGUCGGCCUACGCCCAGCCGGAGAACCUGGAUAUGACCACUGUUAUUGUAGUAGCAUUGGCCAAUCUGUUCUUCGGCCUCUGCUGCCUAGCAGUGUAUGAAUGCGUGCGGCGCAAGACGCCGCGGACCUACUCUCCUAGAAUCAAUCUAGGCCACGCGACGCCGCCGCCGCUGCCCACAAGUUACCCGUUACAAUGGGUCGCGCCGCUCAUGCGUCUGGACGAGGAGCAGAUCUUAGCUAUUGGCGGCUACGACGUCCUUGUGUAUCUGCGCUUCCAGGCGCUGUCCCUGAAGAUCUUCGGGAGCUUCGCGCCCUACGCCGUUAUUUUGUUGAUCGUUAACAUGAGCGCGUCUUAUGACGAUGGGCCCUCUUUACCGAACUUGUUCACGCGCUUGUCGCUAGCGGUGAUUCCCGAAAGGGACCCGCGGCUCUGGGCGCACCUGCUUGGUAUUGUGAUAUUAACAUCAAUAACCUUCCAUUGGUUAGGAAGGGAGUGCCGCUGGUACACGCGAUUGCGGCACCGCUUCUUAUUAGAAAGGCCCGACGCGCGCGUUGUGUUCGUGAGGCGCCUGCCGCCGAAGCUGCGGGGCUCUCGCCAACUAGCCACCUACUUCGACGAGCUCUACCCGGGCAAGGUCGUGGGCGCCGUCGGCGCGCGGCGGACGGCGACGCUCGAUUCAUUAAUCGCGGCGCGCGACGCCCAUAGGGUGCGCGCGGCGCGCCUGCGCCGUAGAAGGGCGCAGCACAAGGGCCGGGGUUUGUCCUGUGUUGAUAAGGCCCACGCGCGGCUGGAGGACGCCUACGACCCGCUCUUCUGGACGCGGUCCCUCGACGCGGCGGCACGUUUAAGAUUACACGACGAGCGCGCCGCCGAGCGCGACGACCGGCUUGUGAGAGAGCGCCAGCGCGCCGCGGCGCAGGAGCCGCUCGUCGCUUCUGGUCAAGCGGCGGCGCCGGUGAAUGGCGAGAAGAACGGUGAACACCCUAACGUCGCGCGGCUCUCGAGCGGCGCCUGGGAGGCGGACGACGAGUGCGCGGGCGGCGUCCUUUUUUCUUUUCCCCGCGGCGAUGGCGUACGCCGUACGUCUACCCCGCCAGCACGCCAUCGACGCGACGAGAGUACCCCGACGGUCGCGCCGAUCGCAGGUGGGAGGACGUCGAGGCGCCCUGGGCCGCGGCCUGGGCCGCGCUGCGCGGCGGCCGCGCGAGCGAGGAGACGACGGGCCUGCUUUCAGGAAGACGGCCGCCGGGGAAGAUGGGGCCCUCCUUCGGCGCCGGCUUCGUCGGCUUCCGGACGCUGAGCGGCGCGGCCGUCGCGACGCAGGUCUUCCACGCCGAGGCGCCGGGCGGUUUAGUGGCCACGCCCGCGCCGGAGCCGCGCGACGUCAUUUGGAGGAAUAUCGGAUUCGACACGAACACGCGGGCGACGCGCGGCGCUAUUGCCGAUUGUUUAGUGGUAUUGUUGCUGGUGUUCUACGUCGUGCCCGUGACGUUGGUCGCGAUGGCUCUGUCGGAAACAGCUUUGUGCGACCGCUAUUCAUCGAUAAACAAUCUCGUGAAGAGCUCGUUUAUAGCGGACGCCUUCGUGAAGACGAUCCAGCCCAUGGCCCUGGUCGGCAUCAUGCUGUUAUUGCCGCCCCUGUUCCUGGGUUUAGGAGUCUGGCAGGGCUGCCACUCCUGGACCGAGAACACGUUAUUGCAGAUGUCUCGUUAUUAUUCUUUUCAGAUCAUUAAUGUCUUGCUGGUGACGACGAUCUCGGGCAGCGUCGUGAAUUCGAUCGAGGAGAUCCUCCAGGAGCCGGCGUCGACCUUUUCACUACUAGGCGGGUCGCUGCCGCGCGUCUGCGCGUUCUUUUGCUGUUACGUGUUUAUGAAGGCCUUUGCGGGGCUUCCUUUAGAAUUAUGUCGCGGUGUCGCGGCGGCGCAGCAGACGUUGAAAAGGUUGAUCUACCCGUCCGCUACACAACAAGACCGGAAGCACGCCUUUCUUGGGUUGCGAGACAUCGCCGGGCCGGGCUGGUUUUCCUUUGGGAAAUAUGGUGCGCAAGAUCUGUUGGUCGUCGUCGUCAUGAUGGUUUAUGUCGUCAUGUCGCCGGUCGUGCUGGUGCCUGGACUCUUGUUCUUUAGUAUUGGUUCGGUAGUCUACCGGCACCAGCUGCUUUUUGUCUACGAGCCGCUCUUUGAGAGUGGCGGGUUGUUGUGGCCGCGGUUCUACCGUCGAAUUUUAUUCAGUGUCUUCUUGACGCAGUUCACGAUGGUCGGGCUCUUCUUCUCGAAAAAGGCCUACAUGCAGGGGUAUUUAACUCUAGCUUUGAGCGCGGUCACGUACCUGUAUCAGGUGCGGAUGAAGACGCUCUACACGACGUCGUCGUCGGUCGCGCACCACCUGCCCAUGGAGCUCGCGUCGCGCGGCGACGAGGAGGCCAUCUUGGAUGAGGUGGACGACCUGUCGCGCUACGUGCAGCCAUCUUUAAGGUCGGAUGGCGACAACGGCGUCGAGGCGGCUUCGGAGACGGUGGCGCUCUAAGUUGUUUGUUUGUUUUUU